AAUAUUGAUUCUCUUGGUCUUAACUUUUCUCAUUGUACUAGCUAAUAGACAAACCAUUCAUCAAUAUAUAUGACUUUCUCAGUUUUUAAGUCUCUGCCACAUUUCCUCACUUUUUACAGGUAUAGAAGAAAAAAUAUACCAUCAGAGCCUGCAUAUAUAUUCCAUAAAGAUUUGCUUUUCUUACAACUUCUUAACAAACAGACUUCAUAUAUAUAUAUAAAUUUUGGGUUUCUGUUUGUUGAGACACAAAAAAUACUUGUAGAAGAGCACACAAAGUGAUUGAAGUUAAUUUUCUAUGGAGAAGUUUCUUAGUCCCCAUGAUAAGGAAUGCAUGAAGAUGGCUAUGUUAAAGCAUGAAGAAACCUUCAAACACCAGGUAUGUGAGCUUCACCGUCUUUACAAAAUUCAGAAGAUUAUGAUGAAAGGCAUAGCGAGCAGAAGGCAAAGAGAAGAGAAGCAAGAAAGAUGGAAGUAUUCAAAGAAUGGAAUUAGUUUUGAUGAUGAUGAUGAUUGUCAUGGUGCACAAACUGUACUUGACUUGGAACAGCUGCCUGAUGAUGAUGUUAAUGGAAUGGUAGAGAUUGAAGAUGAGAGCGAGAUCGUGUUGACACUAGGCCCAACCAGUUACAACCGGAGGGUCAAAAAAGGCGAGACGCCAUUAACUUCAGAAUCGGGGCCAAGUUUUUCAUCAUCUUCAACAGGGUCCAACUAUAUGAUGAUGAAGACUUCAGGGACCCAACGACAAAGAAGUACAGAAGAUGAGUUAAGUGGACACAAAUGGGGUCGAGUACUCAUGGAGGUUCCAAAAUCAGGUUUUCAAUCCAGAAUAGAUGUCCAAGAACAACUAAGAGAAGAUAGAAUGAAACAGUCUCCUUGGCUUUUUCAGACUUUAAGUUUCAACAUGACUUGAAAUUAAACAUAUAUAUAUAUAUAUAUAUAUUCAGUCUGGGUAACGAAUUUUCUGGUCAUUCGUGUUUGUGUGGAAUUUUCUUCUUUUUCUUGUUAGGUUGUACUGUACUGGGUGAUCUAGUCUUUGUGUGAAGAUUUUUUACUAGCCUGUUUCCCUGGCUUUUGAAACCCAUUACAGUAUGAGUAUGGUAUGAACAAGGGACCUAAUUUUUCCA